AUGAGCCAGUCCUCUCGCUCUCCCCGCCCACUGCAGAUAUUACCUGGUGAGGUGUUGGGGGGCUAUAAAUACGUAAACCCUAAGCACAGCUCUGAGAAGGACCAGAGAGGGUUUCCACCUCAGAGCUGGUAGUUUAAGAGUCUCAUUAGCUGUGUUUCCACAGCGGUUACUGCUCAUCAGUCAUUCUUCAGCUCAUCAAAGAGGGGAGAGUAUUAGCAACGGGAGAGCAGCUGAGAGGCUGAAGCGACAGGAUCAGCUAUGCUUGGUGGAAUUCACACAGAUUUGUUGGUCACAGUGACUCUACUCUUUUUAAGUCAGACUGGGACUCUGAGCAGGUGGGUCUCAAGAUGAUUAAAAUUGAACCAUUUAAGUCAUAAGAACUUUUAUCUGUCAUGUUAAUAUUUUCAGUGUGGUAAAGAAAAUUUAACCGCAAAUUUUCAGUGUAAAAAAAAUAUUCUCAGAGGAAAUCUGAUCGUUUUUUUUUUUAUUUAUUUGCCUUUUUUUGUUUGUUUGUUUUUUGCAUUGUAGGGCUGAAAAUGAAUUGUCAUUUGUAACUUUACCAGAAUGGAGAGCAAAUUCAGGUACGUCAGUGUAGAUAGAUCCUGAAGACAAAUUUGUCAAAUUUCUAAGAUUUUACUGCAUUUAACCCCUUCAUUUUUCUUCACAGACUAUGCUACACAAUGCUUCUACAACAGACAAAACUCAUUUGUUUGUGACUGGACGAGGAAUCAACAGAUAUCAGGUAUGGAGACAGAUUUAAUUCGUUAAAUAUUUGGCUUCUAUAAUUGCCAGAAAAGUUUUAUGGCAUCCAAGCAGGUCACGAUUAAUUCCACUGAUAGUUCACUUUGACAGAAGAGAUAACUGGACUGAAACAACCUUUAAUUGUGAUCCUCCAACACAGAGCAGAUUUGGAACAUUAGUCCACAGUUCUGUUUUAAUCUUCCGGCAGAUUGUCACACUUUCUGUGACACUCUCUAUCAUUAACUGAUCUGGGGCAGACUCGUAAUCUUUUAUAGCCUGGUUCUCUGCCAGCGGGAACCAAAGUGUCUGUAUUGUUUCAAAUCCAGCACAAGAUAUUGUAAAAAGCUUUUCUGAGUUUAUUAUAGUUGCAACACAACAGAUGUAUGUCUCGUGCUAUCACAAUAAAAAAAUUUUUUAAAAAGUUUGUUUUUUAAAAGCUCCCUCUUCGAAUGAUUUGAAGACCCUUAAUUUUGCUCUUUAGAAACAAAGUGUUAGACUAAAACAAUUCAAAAGAUAAAAUGAAAGUAUUAUUUGUUUUAAUUUUGCGAUUUCAACUCAAGGGGAUGUUGCCGUGACUAUUCUGGAGAGCGGUCCGCUGGAGCUACAGGGUGAGGCAUGUCUGGAGUUUUGGUACCUCACUGGAUCAGAACUCCGUACUCUGCUAAAAACCAGUGCUGGUGAGGUUGAGCUCUGGUCCUCCCCUGCCCUCCUUGAAGGGGUCUGGAGACAAGUGUUUGUCCCCCUGAACAUCAUGGAGCCUGGGAGUCAGGUAAUAAAAUGGCUUAACUGUAAUUUAACCAUAUUGGUUGAUCAGUAUCAUAUUGGAUCAAUUCAAAUAAAUGAUUUAUUUUUUCAUAUUAGGUGGUAUUUGAAGCAAUUGAAGCUGUGUCCAUGGUGGGGCAGGGCGUAUUAAACCAGAUCGGUGUGAGGAGAGGCUCAUGUGGUAAAUAUUCCACAACUUUUAUUUUACCGUAAUUUACAACAGCAAACUUUUGGUUCAAUCUGAGUCACAUUAGCAGAACUUUGAACUUACAUAAUUAUACUAAUCUUACUUAACUUAAAAAACAACAAAAAAUAAACACAUAUACAACACCCAAAAUGAUUAAAAAAUAUAUUUUCUUUGGGAUAAUAAUUCCUUAUGCAGAGAGUUUGUUCUCUGACCAUUUUUUUCUGAUUUUAUUGGUGUCGGUCUCCUCCCAGAGGAGUCAACAUCCCUAUCAACAGUCCUUAAGUCAGUACUUAUGGAAACUUUUACAGAGCUCCCUCUCGUCCCUUUAUCUCUCUCCUGUACAUGGAAAUAUGGCAUAGUUACAUAAGCUGUGGUGCUGUACAAUAUUAUCCAUACUAUAAUGGAAACUGUAUUUUUUUAAGCAAGUGAUAUUGGAAAUUAUCAAAGUACUUGAAAUCUUGACAACCUAUGCUGCAGUGAAUUAAAUAUUUUCAAAUAUUCAGUCACCAUGUUUUCCUUCCAAACACCAAUUUUGGUACCAAGUUUUGGGUACUAUCCAACACCAAGUAUCUCUCCAAAUCUGGUGGGGUUUGAAAAAAAUACAGAUAGAAAAACACUGACUUCUUUGAUUUUGCUAGUCUGAACAACAUUUGACAUGAGCACUACUAUUGCUAGUUUGGCUGUUUGAGGGGCAACAACUGGCAUACUGAUGUGAAAACAAUUCAGGGGACAUAUCAUGAUGUAUUUAGGUACACAUGGUAAGACCAAGUCUCUCUGAAUCGUUAACCUAUAAUUGCACUAUUGUUGUUUCAUAAUUUUACAGCUGAAGCUGGUUAUAAUUCUGUCCAUGUCUUGAUAUAUGAUUGAGAAUACAAUCAAGUAAUAAAUUUUCCGUACAUUAAUAAAUAGGUUUCAUAUUGAAGAUUAUUAAAAUCAAUAUGUACAGUGUUUACGUCAAGGAUAAUAACAAUAUAAUGAAUAAGACUAAUCAGUUUUCCUGAGCCAGAUGGUGUUGUGGUUAUAUUGUGAUUGUUUACUCGCCCCCCCCCCCCUCCCCCACAGGAUCCCAGUGUGAAUCAAACACAGAGUUUUGGACAGAUGAGUCCACACGCUGCCUCUGCUCCGAGGGCCAGCUUUCCUGCUCUGCCUCUCGGUGCCCUCAGGACCAAACCUGUGGCCCUCUAAGAAGUGACUCAGCUGAGAUUUCUGCUCCUGGGACAUGCACAAUACACAGCGACACAGACUGCAGCACCUUUGAUGGAGUGCUCUUCCGCUUCAUGGCCCCCUGCUCAUACGUACUGGCGAAGAGCUGCUCACCCAGCGAGGCCCUGCCUGUGUUCAAUGUGGAAGUGGUCAAUAAGCAGAAAGGGAACUCUUCUCAUCCGACUGUCCAACGGGUUGUUGUGAGUGUGGGAGAACACCGAUUUUCUCUGCUGAAGAGAACGACACGCAGAGUUGUGGUGAGUUACCGUGAAGUGAGAUACAAAUUCAGGAGGGCUGUUGCCUGUGAUGAAGUGUCCGCCAAUGUAGAAGCCAAAACUCAGUCUGUUUGGAAAAAGAACAUUUUUGGGGGGGUGUUUCCAAUUAACUAUUUACAACUGUUCUUUAAAAACUUUAAAACAGCCGACAUAUCUUAAGUUUUCUAAUUCUUGUUAAGCUUGAAAAUGUACCAGGUCAACUUCUCUUAUCUGCUGAACACUAUAAUAAUAAAAAGAGUUUAUUGUAGUGUUAAGAGUCUAGUGACAUAAUGUCCUGGGACUCCUCGUGGACUUAUCAGCCUUAUCACUUCACAAAGAUAGAUCUAUCUCAUGAAUGCUGCUGUUUAAACAAACUAUUAGACACAUAAGGGUUAUAUUGCUCAUGACUGCCAGUAAGUAAGUCCAUAACUUGCGCUGUUUUUCAGGUUAAUGGGGUUUGGAAUAAGCUCCCGCUGCGCCUCAAAGAUGUUCGUGUCAAGAGCAACCCCGCUGCUGUGUCUUUGAGAACCACCUUUGGUCUUUCAGUCUCCUUCGACAGAGCUGGUGCCAUCCACGUCAACCUGCCAUCAAAGUAUUCUGAUAAAGUCUGCGGCUUGUGUGGAAAUUUCAACCGCCUCAGAGAAGAUGACUUCAGAACACCUGAUGGCACAAACGCCAGAGAUGCCACAGCUUUGGCUCAUAGCUGGCAGACGGGUCAAACCAACUCCUCAUGUGAAACAAUGCUCGUACCUCAUGAGUGUGACGCACUAGAGGAGACUGAGUAUGCUAGUGAGCUGUACUGUGGGAGCCUCCUUUCCAGUACAGGGCCUUUUGCCAACUGUCAGUCAGUCGUGGGGUCAGAGAGCUAUUACAGAAGCUGUAUGUCCAGCAUGUGCUCUGCUCAUGGCGACCCUGCAGUGCUGUGUGAAACAUUAGAGGUCUAUGCUGGAAUCUGCCAGGAGGCUGGAGUUGCUGUACCACUUUGGAGGAACACUUCACUCUGCCGUAUGUUGCUUAUUUCCAGCUUCCAUUUCUCUACUCCGGUUGUUAAAUAAUGAGUGUAAUGAGGUCAUUCCUUUUCCUCUUUCUUCCCUCUUCAGCUCUUCAGUGUGGCGAGAAUAGCCACUAUAAUUCUUGUGCUGAUGGCUGUCCAGAUGUGUGCUCCAGCCUGGAUAUAGCUGGCUCGUGUGGAAGCUGCGAGGAGAGAUGUGAGUGUGACCCUGGUUACAAACUCAAUGGGGGAAAGUGUGUCCCAGCAGAGGACUGUGGGUGCUGGUAUGACGGUAAACACUAUGAGGUAAGCAUUAUGCAAUGACAUGAUCAAAUAUUCAACUUUAAAAUCCAGGAAUAUCUUCAAACAAAUCUUCUUCUUCAUGCAGAAAGGAGACACAUUUAUGGAAGGAGAGUGUGAGACGCAGUGCCAGUGUAUGGGCAGUAACAACGUGCAGUGCACAGCAAUGCAAUGCACAGACAAUGAAGUUUGUAAGACGCAAGACGGGGUCAAAGGCUGCUUCGCUUUCCGUCCUGCCACCUGCCGUGUGUACGGGGACCCACACUACGUCACCUUUGACGGGCUGGCAUACGAUUUUCAAGGCGGAUGCAGUUACACGCUUACAACCACAUGUGGGAGGGAGAGCGCAGUGCAGUUUUCUGUGAUUGGACACAACAUGCAUCCUCCCUUCCAGAACUCCAGCCGGUCCAAGCUCCAAGCAGUGGCUCUGCAGGUUGAGGGUCUAUACCUCGCCCUGAAUAUGAGCCGGGAGGUCUAUGUAAGCAUUAAACUCUUUAUGAGUCUAUAUAUGUAAUAAUCAAAAACUCCUGAAUGGGGCUCUUCAGCAUGAGACUGUGGCCAAACUCUGCCAUCUGUGUAUGUAUGUGGUGUGAACGGGUGAUUGUAAUUGUAAUGCAAAAACUUUGAGUGGUCAGCAAGACCAAACAAGGGCUAUACAAGUACAAGUCCAUCUUCAAAGACCUAGAGUAUAUGAAGUGGGCCAUUUACUGAGUAGAGAGUCAUUGUUCUGCAUUAUCUGCAAAUGACCUUAAUGACUUUAGUAUCAGCACACCCAUGAGUUAUUACUCGGCUACAGGUCAUUGGAGGAUAUAAUUUGUUUGCGUUCUGGGACUUGAAUUGAUACACACACACUAAUAACUGACCCACUUGACUUUUGCGCUGAACAGCUGUCUGACAGCAAAUUGGUUACAGUGGCUAUCACAGUAAACAGGGCUCCUGUACUGUAUGUGAGACAGUAAAAAUAAGUGCACUUCUAAAAAGAUUAAAUUAACAGUGAAAUAUGUUAUUUGAUUUUAUUUCUUUUUAGGUUGACGAUAACCCUGUUGGACUCCCAUAUUUUGCCAAUGGCACAUACGGCUCAGUUUGGGUAGACAUAAGGAAAAGCUUUAUCGUCUUAGAGUCGAGUUUUGGCCUCAGAAUUGUGAUAGAUGGGCAACACAGACUUUUCCUGCAAGUGGAUGACCGCUACAAGUAUGAACUGUGUGGGCUGUGUGGCACCUACUCUGGAUACCAGGAUGAUGACUUUGUAACGCCAGAGGGUCAAAAUGCUACAGGACCGUUUGAGUUUGGAGACAGCUGGAGGCUGCCCGGUGAUGAUGAGUAAGUAGUUUAAAUUAAGGAUAAUACCUGUACAAAUGUUGAACAUUUUUAAAGAAAAGGAUAUAUACAUUAUUAAACAGCUGGGUCAUUGUGUUAAAGUUAUUAACCAAACAAGCACUGUAGAGUCAAUUGUAUCCCCAAACCAGAGAUGUAUAAGAUUGAGUCUGCACCAGAGUUUCAAAGCACUUGACUGAAUUGCCAAUGAUGUUUUAAAAUUGUUUUAGGCUUGAAAUGCUAUUCAUAUGUUGUGUCUAGACUGUAGUGCAACCACCAGGAACUAGCCUGGGCUGUAGUCCCAGAUCAUGUCUACUACCACAGUGGUAUAAUGCCCUGCUACACAGAUACAAAAAAACAAGCAGAUGACAGAUUUGGCAGUGAUUGGAUUGAUCUGAAUAUGAAGACAAAAUUGAAUGUAGGUUGUAUCUGGCUAAUCUGACAUGAAAUCAACAUACCAGUGUACUGCGUAACCAGCACAGUCCCGUUGAUGUUACCAGAAGCCAGGAUUAAAAUUUCAAUUUCAAUAACCCCUAAUGGACCAUAACUUGGAAACCAAACAUUUAUUUUUUGCGAGACUUAAUUAUGUGUUAUGUUGAUCAAAUGACUUCAAAUCUCUUCAAAGACUCAAAUUUUUGCAUUCCUGUUUUUUGACUGCCCAGGCGACUUACUUCUGUAAAAUUACAAAUAUACUCUUCCCAUCAGUUGACUGAUUUAAGCUUUCUCUUUCAGGUGUGUUUCUCACCCUGAUGAACCCAGAGUCUGUGAUUAUGAGGAGGAGAAUGAGGCUUACAACAAGUGUUAUGUACUGCUCAGGGAGCCCUUCAAGCCCUGCCAUGCAAAAAUCCACCCAAGCAUCUAUCUGAAUAGUUGUGUAUAUGACUACUGUGCUACAAGUGGUGACCAAUACACCUUAUGUGAAUCUCUGGAGUCCUAUGCCACAGCCUGUGAGAUUGCAGGGUUGGAGCUACCUGACUGGCAGACAGGCACAGUCUGUGGUGAGUAGCUGAUUAGAAAUGAUAAUAAUGAUGCUGAUCUUUGCAUGUCUCUGACUGAAUUUAUGAAUUCACUGACACAAUGCAAUAGUGUUAUUUAUUUGUGCAUGACUUUUUCAUGUUUAUUGAUUAUUCUUACAAAAUUCUUUAAAACUCUGUACUACGAGUUUAUAAUACUUUGAUUAUGGUAUGGCUGGUUGGAGAUUUAUUUUAUUUUGUCAAUAAUAUUAUUGAUAUUUUAGAUUUUCAAGUUUGUCUUGUCAAAAAUUUAAGCCAUGUUGGAAAAAUCUAGAUGUUAAAAAUAGAGGUGUUAACUGAACUUGAUUUUCUGGGUAAUGAAAGAGCAAAAAAUUUUAACCCAUUCUUCUUUGUGUGUUUUUUGUUUGUUUAUUUGAAUGUUUGUGUUUUUCCUAAUUUCCAGCUGACCCUACAACCACUGAAGGUCCUCCAGCCCCAACUUUUUCCCCAACUUCUUCCCCUACCACAACAGCUCAGACUCGUAAGAGCAAUACAAUUUGAUGAUUUGUAACUACUUCAGAUAGGUAGAGGGGUAAUCCACUUUAGGAAUUAGGAUUAUGAAACCAAAGAUCUCCUUUAACAGUGCUUGGUUCAACAGUUUUAUACAUCAGCAGAUAUUUGAUGCACUAAUGUGUUUGAAUUUCCAUGCUGUCAUUAUCAACAGAUUGGAAAAACUAGCUUUAUUGAUUAUGUUCCAGUGCAAUAAACAUUUUUGUGAAUGUUAUGAUUUCCAUGCUUGGGUAGCCUGGGCUACUUCAUCACUAUGUCCUUGUGUUCAUGUGUUUUUUCACAGUUUGUCCCAUGAACUGUGAUUUUGAUAAGAAUCUGUGUGGGUGGGAACAGCUCGUACAGGACAGUUUUGAUUGGACAAGAAACUCAGGGUCCACUCCAUCACACCAAACAGGCCCAAACCAAGACCACACGACCGGAGGUGAAAGUCAGUGUUUGGCUUGAUUAAAGUAGCUUGUGUUGUCGUACAGAUUUUCAUUUUCAAUACUGAAUGUGCUUUUCCAAACAUUUCUGUAGCUGGUUUCUACAUGUAUAUCGAGGGAAACAUGGCAACACAUGGAGACUCAGCCCGUCUGAUGAGCUCAACGUGCCAUUAUAAUGGCCCACUCUGCCUGCACUUCUGGUACCAUAUGCAUGGUUCAGCUUCAGCUAUGGCUCUUAAUGUCUACCUGCUCCAAGGCAAUAUAGCUACAAAGCUGUGGUCCAAAAUGAACAACCAGGGACCAGAAUGGCAUCCAGAAUAUGUUGACAUCAAAGAGCCAGGUCCUUUCAGAGUAAGUUGCCCCUAUUACAUAGACAAAUUGGACUACAUAUGCACAUGAAACAUGCUGUUUCAAUGUUGCACAUUAUGUACUCUUUUUUGUCAUUUUCAGAUCAUAGUGGAGGGAAUUCGAGGUUCUACUGACCAAUCAGAUGUGGCCAUUGAUGACAUUUCCAUCCACCUUGGCUCCUGCUCAGGUACAAUUGACCUCCAACCUGGAGAACAAACACUAAACUUGACAAAAGAUACAAUGCAUCAUGAAAUUGAUUAGGACAUUUCUAAUUGUGGUGACAAAUUUCCAAGGUCCUAGAAUCUAAAUGUCAGGAUUUUAAAACGUCAUUUACAACUUCUCUCAGGUAGCUUCCCUGGCCUGGUUAAGCCUUCCUCUACAGCUAAAGAUUUACUUCCCUCACACCCUGGUGAGUACACAGGAAGUAAUGUUUUAUGAGCCGCUUAUGAGUCAAGCGGCUGAAGUGUGGUUACAAAUUAACAGUCUUGUCUAGCCCAGUAAAUACUAAACCUGCAUUUAUAAAGGAAACUAAAGUCAAGAUUGUCUAAAUUCUCAGGAAGUUGUUUGUGUUAGUUCCUUAAUGAAUUGUUCAUGUUGAGCUUUUGCUAAAUAUCUCCCCUAUAGUCUGUGGACUGGACUGCAGCUUUGACAGCAACCUUUGUAGCUGGAGUCAGAUGGUCACAGAUGCUUUCGACUGGACAUGGCACAGUGGUUCUACUCCCACACUGUCGACCGGGCCCUCUGCUGACCACACUGGUGGUAAAUGAAUGCACUCUUUCUCUCUUAAAUAUUAGUUUAAAGGUAAAGACAAAAAAUCUCUCGUCAAACACUGUUAAUUUGCCAAUUUUGAUGUCGACUUUCUUAAUCUUUUCCAGGUGGCCACUACCUUUACAUUGAGGCCAGCAGAGUUACAUAUGGAGACACAUCUCGUCUCAUCAGUUCUGAGUGUUCUGACUCUGGUCCACAGUGCCUGCAGUUCUGGUACCAUAUGCAUGGCUCUGCAGAUACAAUGGGUCUUCAUGUUUACUUGUUACAAAACAGACUAGCUGAUGCUAUUUGGUGGAAGAGAAAUGACCAAGGGGAUAUGUGGCACCUAGCUCAAGUGGACUUCACAACAACUGGGGCUUACCAGGUCAGAUACCUCCUUCAAGGCGCCAAAAUUGUGAUACAGUGAUUAUCAGCCACUUCCAUAAUAAACUUCUAAAACAAUUUAUUUCAUAAAAUAGAUAAUAUUUGAGGGGCGUAGAGGAUCCAAUGAAGAGUCUGAUGUUGCCAUAGAUGAUGUAAUGCUUUAUCGCGGACGAUGUGCUGGUGAGAAAAUAUGUAAACUUCGAGCCCCACUUAAUCCUAUGUGUUGAGGAUGUUUUUCAGAUCCAAUUUAAACUAUAUUAUGCACUGUUGCAGAUCUGAGUGAUGUUGUGACAAACCCUCCUACACCAGAUGAAAACAGCACUGCCUUCUUACCAACCACAUCAGCUCCAGAGCCUCCACUGGUCAAUUCUACUGUUCUUCCUGAUGUUACAGAUCAGCCACCUGUUGCAAAUGCAACAUUACCUCCCGUUGUGGAAACAACAAUUUACCCAAAUAAUGUCAACAAUGUUACGAAAAACCCAGAUUAUACCCCUGUGCCACAUCCAGGUAAAGUACUAGUGUGUUGUAGAGUGUGUGCACCCUCAAUGAUAACGCUUCCAUAAAAGUUUCUAUUCCAAAUCGUCUUUCUACAACCACCAUAUUCAAAGGCAUUUAAAAGUAUUCUUGAAUUUUUUUUCCAGUAUGUCAACUUGACUGUAACUUUGAACAAGACAUAUGUCAGUGGAACCAACUACUUACUGAUGUAUUUGACUGGACAAGACAUAGUGGCCCCACUCCUACAGCGAUGACUGGGCCUUCCUCAGAUCACACCACAGGAGGUAAUCAGCUUUGUGACACAAGCCAAUUUCACUUUGUGUAGAGCUGCCCGCAAACAAAUAAAAGGCACACUCUGCCCAGUUUCAUAGUCACAUUCUUAACUCGUUCUUUUAGAAGUUUUUCCUAAUUUAACCAGAUUUGUAGAGUGUCUUGCAUUAAAUUCCUUGUGUACUGUAUUUCAUCAAGAUACUACAUUAUUAUUUAGGCUUUCUCAAAUAUUAUGUUUCAUCUUUUAGGAUUUAAGAUUAAUGUAAAACUUGUGUAACAAACUUUAACUGCUUUUUGAUAAGUUUUAGUGUGUAACUUUUAGAAGAAGUUAAGAAUUCUCAAUGUACUUAAACUCACAGACUUCUUUGUCCUUCAGGUGGCCACUAUCUGUACAUUGAAGCCAAUGGAGUGUCACAUGGAGACACAGCUCGUCUUAUCAGUUCUGAGUGUUCUCAAACUGGUCCUCAGUGUCUCCAGUUUUGGUAUCAUAUGUAUGGCUCAGCGGAUACAAUGGGCCUCCAUGUCUACUUGCUUCAGGAUAGAUUGGCAGAUGCAGUUUUAUGGAAGAGGAAUGACCAGGGAAAUAUGUGGCACCUGGCUCAGGUGGACUUCACUGCGACUGGGGCUUUCCAAGUGAGUAACUUACCUUUACUUUUGUUCCAAAGCAACCAAUUUCCUAGAUGUUUAAACAGAAACUGGAACUUAUGACUAACAAUCUAGUCUAGAAAAAUAAGGAAAACAAUCAAAAUUGAGCACAACAUUUACCUUUAUCUUAGAUCAUUUUUGAGGGGCGUAGAGGAUCUAACGAUCAAUCAGACGUAGCCAUUGAUGAUGUGUCGCUUCAUUAUGGCCGCUGUGCAGGUAGGUCUGUCCUUCUAUAGACAUGCAUUUUUAUUCAAACAUGACAGGACUUAAAACUAAUAUGAUUGUCAUCCAUUAAAUUUGACAGAUCUGGUUGAACCAGUCACCCCUGCUCCUACAAUCUUUGAGUCAGUUGCAACAGAAGGUCCAUGGUACAACCAAACAACAGGGCCAAUAACAAACACCACUCCACCUCAAAGUACAGCCAAACCCCAAACAACAACAUUUUACCCAGGACUGGAAACAUCAGAGCCACCAAGACCUAACAUAACAGAGAGACCCCAAACCACAGCCCAGCCACAGCCACCAACAACAGAAAAGCCUCACCCACCCACAACAGCUCAGCCAGAGUUACCAACAACAGCCGGACCACAUCCACCCACAACAGCCCCACCACACCCACACACAACAGCUCUGCCAGAGCUACCAACAACAGCACCACCAAACCCACCCACAACAGCUCAUCCAGAGCUACCAACAACAGCACCACCAAACCCACACACAACAGCUCUGCCAGAGCUACCAACAACUGCUCCUCCACAACCCCCCACAACAGCCAGACCACACCCACCAACAACAGCCCCACCACAGCCACCCACAACAGACCAUCCACACCCUCCCACAACAGCCAGACCACACCCACCAACAACAGCCCCACCCCAGCCACCCACAACAGUCCAUCCACACCCUCCCACAACAGCCAGACCACACCCUCCCACAACAGCUCAUCCAGAGCUACCAACAACUGCCCGACCACAUCCACCCACAACAGCCAGACCACACCCUCCCACAACAGCUCAUCCAGUGCUUCCAACAACUGCCCGACCACACCCACCCACAACAGCCAGACCACACCCUCCCACAACAGCUCAUCCAGAGCUACCAACAACUGCCCGACCACACCCUCCCACAACAGCUCAUCCAGAGGUACCAACAACUGCCCGACCACACCCACCCACAACAGCCAGACCACACCCUCCCACAACAGCUCAUCCAGAGCUACCAACAACUGCCCGACCACACCCUCCCACAACAGCUCAUCCAGAGCUACCAACAACUGCCCGACCACACCCUCCCACAACAGCUCAUCCAGAGCUACCAACAACUGCCCGACCACACCCUCCAACAACAGUCAGACCACAGCCACCAACAACAGCCCAGCCAGAGAUACCAACAACAGCCAGACCACACCCUCCCACAACAGCUCAUCCAGAGCUUCCAACAACAGCCAGACCACACCCACCAACAACAAACAACUCAUCAAAUACACCAGUACCGAGUAAGACAUACAUUUUCCAUUUCCAAGGAUCACAUGAACUGUGUUUCCUUUAUUCUUACUCAAAACCCCUUAAGUUAGCCACCACAUUUGACCAUGACUGUUUUUAAGCCCACAGAUUAGCAAACACUGUGUCUAUGUUUUUGUCAUUUCAGCUCCCUCUUGCCCUGAGAACAGUCACUACACGACAUGUGUCCCUGCCUGCAGUCCAACCUGUUCAUACUUGAAUGGCCCACCACAGUGUAGCAACCAAGUUUGUGCACCUGGAUGUGUUUGUGACGAUGGGUUUGUGCAGAAAGCUGGGGUCUGUGUUCCUAUACAACAGUGUGGAUGUGUAAACAGCAAUGGCACCAAAUAUCAGGUGAGUGACAGUUAAGAGGAACUACUCCAAUGGCACCGGUCAUGCUUUGACUUUGUAGCAGCCUAGGAAUACUUAGUGGAAGUGACAGCCCCAACUAGGACAACGUAUUUAAUAAAUAAAGUCCAAGGGGUUUGAUCAUUCUCUUUUCCUUUCAGUUCAAUGAUGAGUGGUACACCAGCCACUGCAGUGAGAAAUGUGAAUGCAAAAAGGACCAUGGUGUGGGGAGGAUUAAAUGUGAAGAUGAGGAUGAGUGUGAUGGAGAUGCUGUGUGUCUUCAAAAUGAAAAUGGAGACUAUUACUGCCAGUCUACAGGUGCAGUAAAUAUUAAACAUAUGACUCCAUGAUGUAACUUCACCGUGUCCCACAUUGCUUACUAAUUUAUAAACUGCUGUGCACUUGUUGCUCCACAGGCUUCAGUGAGUGCACUAUCAAGGAAGAUCCUGAAUACAGAACCUUUGACAAAUUUAAGCAUGACUUUGAGGGGGGGCACUCAUAUGUGCUGGUAUGGACCAAGAACUUGCCAAAUAACCUCCAAGAAGUCUACAUCGAGGGAGUUAACAGGCGCACAGAUGAUGAAGAUGACAGUCAUCAUCAUGAUGACAGUAGCAGUGAAGAAGACGACAGCCGCAGAGUUAGGGAUGAGGACGAGGAUGAUGAUAGUGAGGAGGAUCAUGACCAUAGUGAUGACAGUGAAGAAGAUCAUGAGCACGACCAUUUGCAGGAGCUGAAAAUCAGAGUGUACAAUCACACUGUGGAGUUGAAGAGGAAACGAAAGCUGAUUGUGAGUACAGUGGGCCUUUUCAAAGUCGCACAGUCAUCCUAUCAUUUUUCUAAGCAGGCUUUCAUUCGUGCAGUGACAUAAUCAUAGUUCUGUCUGUCUGUCUGUCUGUCUGCCUGCCUGCCUGUCUGCAAUCAUUUGUUGUAGCACUGAGAGUAAUCACAAGUGUUUCUUCACAUUUUCUCUGUGAGGUGGAACAGCAGCAGCAGGACAGUGUGCUGUGCACUAAAUUUUGUUCAUCAAAAGUUAUUUCCCUUGUGGUGGUUUACACAUUUUCAGCAGAAUGAGAAAGAGAGAUAUAAAAAUUUCCGACUUGAUCCUCUAAUACAGGAGAUGUUUCAUGCAAACAGUGUCUCGUAGGUGUAUUUUCAGCUUUGUGGUUUCAAGUGAGUCAGAACAUGGUUUACUGCAAUCAAUAGAAAUCAAGUUUAAGCACAUGAAAGCAGAAACUGGUAUUUGUUUUUUGUUUUUUUAAGAAAAGGGAAAGAAGCUGUUUGGUCUGUAAUGCCUUAUCUACCAACAGUGGAGUUUUUUGGAUAUUACAAACUUGCUCAUCUUGAGUAGGUUCUUUUGACACUUCUCAUUGCUUUUUCUCUUCAGAUGGAUGGAAAGAGAACAAACACUCCUGUCUCAAUUCCUGGUCUAAGAAUCUGGAAGCAUUCCUCUCGCAUCUACCUGAAGACAGACUUUGGUCUUUCAGUGGAGUUUGAUGGUCAAAGUGAAGCAGGUAACAAACUCUCACACCAUGAAACUAGUCUGAUAGAAUGGGCAGUAGCCAGGAUGCAUUGGGAUUGGUCAAAAUUGUUCCUGUUGACAGAUAUCAGCUAAUCAGUAAAUAAUUUGGCAGUCGUUGAUUGCAGCUGUUCACACAGGCAAAUCCAGACAGCAAUUCAUGUGUGUCCCCAUCUUGCGUAGCUGCCAGCACUGCAGUGGCAACACAGUGUCUUUGCUGACUGUGACAGCAGCGUAGAUAGUUAGAUUAAAGGCAAACUUCCACAGGUGAAGGUGCUUAAGACAGAUGAUUUAAUCGUUAUUUAGAUUUUACAUAUUAGACAUCACCCACACCAAUUACAUGAUAGAACAAUAGACAAAAUAUUUUACCAACCACCACGUGUUUGUAAUAAAGUGCUGUGUAACAGAUCAUUAUUUCAAGAUGCUGGUUAGGUUUAUCAAUUAAUUACCCAAUUUCAUCAUCACAGACUACUUACAUUGUUGUGUGCUGAUACAGCUGGUCUAUAUUAUUUACAUUAAGCUCUUACAAUGAACUAUGAUCACUGUUAUAUUAAGUAAAGCAAUUAGGGCCCCUGAUAUAGAUGUGCUGAUUAAUAAAAACAAACAUAGAACAAGUGAAAAGUGAACAAAAAACUAUUUAAGGGGGGAAAAAUCUGAUAUUUGAUUUUGCUUUAAGGUAAAUAGCUUGUAUUGACAUCCAAAUCGAUGUUAACUGUGUUAAGCAGAAUCUAUGAAUCCCUACACACUUAAACUUUCAUAGCAGAUAUGUGCCUCAUACAUAACUAUUUUCUCUCAUGUCAAUGCAUACGAAUGUAUUUUUUUGACAAUAUUAUACAAUACUUGAGCUAACACUGUGUGGUUUAUGUUGUUAAUGCAGAGAUCAUUCUACCAAACAUCUAUAAAAGGAAGAUUGGGGGCCUGUGUGGAAACUUUGAUGGCAGAAAGCAAAACGAGCUGAUGAAACCAGAUGGAACCAGAGCCAGGAAUGUUCAGGAGUUUGGAGAGAGCUGGAGAGUGUGAAUAUCAGACACAUCUGAGGAAGAGACAUGGAACUUAAAAACCUUUAGCACUUAAAAAAAAACAGCUCUAGUAGUAAACUGAGAAAAAUCUCCACAACAUUUUUAUCAUGACAGCAUUUUUACUUCUUCUUCGAUAAUACCCACUCUAAAAAACCUAAGUCAGCAAGUGUGACUUGGCUUGAACAUGAACACCUUGUUUUGACCAGCUUUAAAACUCUAUCAACCUCUGGCUCUUUCACAGUAAAUAUACAUCUUUAUUGCACCUUUAUUGUUUGAGGAUGUGAUUGUUUUUGGAAC